CGUACGACUUUAUAGGGCAUAAACUCAAGGCUAUGAAGAACAGCGCCCUCUAGGUGCUUAAGAAAUCACAUCGUUAAACCGGUUUUUAUAUGUAGGGGCUCUAUUAGACUAUUUAACGAUUCCAAUCCUAUUUUGCAUCAGUAUAAGAAGUUGUAAUAGAAAAUGAAUCCCUGUUUUCUCCUGUUCUUUAAUGGUUAACGAUAUGUUAACCACGAUAUGUUGUUAACCAGGCUGAAAGCCUGUUUUCGAAUCCUGGCGAGAUCAUCAGAAAAAUUUUCAGCUUUGGUCAUCCUCUUCUAAUUUCACCGACAUUUGUGAGAUACUAUGUCCUGCAUAGAAGCCAUGUUUAAACUUCCUCCCAAAGAGGUGUUGCUCAGCUGUACCCCGUUCGGACUUGGCUAUAAAAUGGAGGUCCUUAUCAUUCAGCUUAAACUUGCAUUGGACAGCACUCAUUGAUAUGUGAGAAGUAAGCCACUCUUCCUUAAUGGAAUGUUGAUGGACAAAUUUGCAAUUUGCUUUAGAGGGUUUUAGAAACGCAAUUUAAGGGGUGUUCAAACGAAUUGACGAAAUUAGCAAACACCUCAUAUAUGGUGUAGGGGGUAUAAAUAAAUGCCUAUAUAUUUUUGAUGUGCAUGUUUUCAUGUGAUAAGCACAACAAGCAUAUACGAUUAAUCAGUAACAUGAAGAAGACAGCUAAUGUUAAGAAAGAAACAUAUUAUUAAAGUAUGGUUUUUGUUUUUUUAAUAUUGCUUUCUAUAUCUGUAUUUGAAUUAUUCGAGAUCAAACGGAGAAAGACAAUCUUAAAUAGUUAGUUUAACUCUGAACGUUGAAGAAAACAGUAGUGGGUACUUUUUUCCCCUAUAUUUAACUUUGAUCGAUUAAUUCGAUUCCUUAAACUCUAAACGUUGGCGAAAACAGUAGUAUCGACUUAUUUAAAUCAACUUGUUUUUCCUUACAAUUGGAGCAAUAUAAUGCGACUAAAUUAUGUUCUGCUAGCUGCCAUACCUUUGGUUUGCUUACAAAUGGUUGGAGCCAUCGCAUCCCCUUUGGUGUGCCCUGAAGAUACCGGCUGCAUUAGGGGAAUCCUUAUGCCAGGAUAUCGAAUUGAAAACUUUGAAGCUUUUAUGGGAAUACCGUUUGCUAUGCCACCUAUUGGAGAACUAAGAUUUAGCCAUCCGCAACCUUAUCCAAAAUGGUCUGGUGUUUUAAAUGCCACACAACACAGAGAUGACUGUAUACAAAAGAACGUUCUUGUACCCAAUUCGCAUAUCAGUGGUGUAGAAGAUUGUCUAUACUUGAAUGUCUAUAGACCUAAACAAAAUGUUGAUAAACUAAAAGAACUGCCAGUCAUGGUCUAUAUUUAUGGGGGUGGCUGGUUUGCCGGUACACACAAUCCUUUGCUCUUGGGCCCUGAAUAUUUCAUGGAUACCGAGGAAGUCAUAUUGGUAACCAUCUCCUAUCGAGUGGGUAUUUUUGGCUUUUUGUCCACCAACGACUCUGUGGUGCCUGGCAACUUUGGCAUGAAAGAUCAAACAUUGGCUCUUAAAUGGGUGCAAACAAAUAUUGGCGCCUUUGGUGGAAAUCCCAAGCGGGUGACAAUAUUUGGUCAAAGUGCUGGUGGUGGUUCGAGUCACAUGCAUAUGUUGAGUAAACAUUCAGAGGGGAUAUUUCAAGGGGUGAUUGCCAUUAGUGGCUUGGCAACUAUGCCUUUGGCCUUGCAACAGGAUCCCUUGAGAGUGGCACGAGAGACUGCAAAGCAUUGCAAAGUGCCUAAUGCUGAAAAUAUAAGCUCGGAGGAAUUAUUGCAAGCUUUGCGCUCCCAGGAUUCUGAAACACUGAUGGCAGCCGUGGAUAAGUUGAAAUAUUGGGAGACAUAUCCUGUUACCCUUAAUUGUCCAGUGGUGGAAAAUUUUGAUUCUCCCAAUGCUUUUCUCACUGAACAUCCUCAUGAUAUUUUGGCCAAAGGAAAUUAUAAGCCAACUCGUUUUAUGACCGGCAUUGUGCCGGAUGAUGGAAUUGUUUUGUCUUUGCCCAUAUGGGAAUUUGAGAAUUUAAGAAAUUCCUUUAACAAGGACUUUGAUCAUCUGCUGGAAUUGGCUAUGCAGUUUCCUCAAAGUUUUAAUCGUUCUCAUGUGGAGUCGUCCUUAAAGAAGAUAAUCGAUGAAUAUUUUGAAGGAAAACACGAAUUGAGUAAGCGGGGUAUUUUGGAUGUUUAUACAGAUAACACUUUUGCCUAUCCAUUUUAUGAUGUUGCCAGAACUUUUGUACAAACCGUAGACACCCAUGAAUAUCCCUUAUAUUUAUAUAACUUUAAUUACAAAGGGCCCUACUCCUUUUCAUCGGUAUUCAGUGGAAAUAUGCCCAAUCUGAAAUAUGGAGUUGGUCAUUGCGAUGAGCUGAUGUAUUUGUUUAGAAUGCCAGCUAUUUUUCCUGAUUUUCCCAAAAAUUCUACCGAGGCUAAAGUAAGCGAAUUGAUGGUGAAGAAUUUUGUUGAUUUUGCUGCUAAUCGUGUCUCCAAACAAAAUCCCAUAUGCACUCAAGCAGAUUUCGAGAAUUCGGAUUCAAAGGAUAGGAUUUGUAAUUAUUUGUCGUAUAGAAAUGGUCCUUCAAACUCAUAUGUGAUUGAAAGUGAUAACAAAUUCAAUGUCCACCGCAUGCGCAUAUGGGAUGAGAUUCUUCAAAAUAAUAUCCGUUUCCUUUGCCAAAAGAUGACAAAUGUUUUGCUAAAAUGUCUGCUAAUGAUUAUAAUCCCAUUGGCGUAUGCCCUUAGCCAGGCUCUUACCACACCAUCGUAUGACAGUUCUGGCUAUGAGUAUAAACCACCACAGCCCAAAGUUUGUAGCCCAUAUGCUGGCUGUAUGCUGGGUAAACUUAUGCCAGGAUAUCGAAUUGAAAAUUUUGAAGCCUUUUUGGGAAUACCGUAUGCUUAUCCCCCAAUUGGAGAGUUAAGAUUCAGUCAUCCAAAAGCCUAUCCUCGCUCAUUUGAAGUCAUUAAUGCCACAGAAACCAAGUCUGACUGUAUACAAAAGAACACAUUAGUGCCCAAUCCCCAGGCCAGUGGGGCAGAGGAUUGUCUCUAUUUGAAUGUAUAUAGGCCAACACACCGCCAUUCCAGGGACAAAUUACCGGUCAUGGUCUACAUACAUGGCGGAGGUUGGUUUGCUGGCUCUUCCCAUCCCGCCCUGGUGGGUCCCGAAUAUUUCAUGGAUACCCAGGAAGUUAUUUUGGUUACUUUCAAUUAUCGCUUGGGUGUCUUUGGCUUCUUAUCCACCGAGGAUGCAAUUGUGCCCGGCAAUUUUGGUUUGAAAGAUCAAACAUUGGCCCUUAAAUGGGUACAAAAGAAUAUUGUGGCCUUUGGGGGAAAUCCCAAUCAGGUGACAAUAUUUGGACAAAGUGCAGGUGGUGUGUCAGCUCAUAUGCAUAUGUUAAGCAAACAUUCUGAAGGUCUGUUCCAAGGAGUCAUCUCUAUGAGUGGUCCAGCAAAUGUGCCAUUUGGCAUACAACCCAAUUCUUUGAAAUUAGCCCGCUUGACAGCCAAAUAUUCGAAUAUAGACAAUGCCAAUGAAUUGAGUACAGCAAAAUUGGUGAAGGCCCUAAGGACAGUUGAUGUGGAAACUUUACUUAAAGCUGCUGAUGCUAUAAAAUACUGGGAUGUAGAUCCGCUAACCGUUUACAGACCGGUAGUUGAAAAUUUCAAUUCCAGUGAUGCUUUUUUCACCGAGAAUCCAACGGAUAUAUUUAGACGAGGAGAUUACAAAGCUGUGCCUUUUAUGACUGGAAUUGUGCCUGGCGAAGGAGCUGUACGUGCUGUGGCCAUUCUAGAGCAAAAAGCAUUGCGUAAAGCUUUCGACGCAGAUUUCGAUUAUCUUUUGCGAGAAUUUUUGGAGCUGCCACCUCAUUUUAAUAGUUCACGUCUGAGGAUGACUAUAACGAGGGUUAUUGAUGAGUACUUUGAGGGAAGACAUGAGCUGCUAAAUCAAGGAUUUGUUGAUGUUGUUACAGAUCGUGGCUUUCAUCAUCCCUUCUACAAUGCCAUCAAAAUACACCUUAGUACUGUUAGCACUUUGAAAUCUCCUUUGUAUUUGUAUUACUUCAACUACUCUGGACCGCAUACGUAUGCCACACUUUAUGCUGGUGGUGCAAGCACCACACCCUAUGGCGUGGUACACUGUGAUGACUUGAUCUAUUUGUUUAGAUCGCCCAUAUUAUUUCCUGAUUUUCCUAAGGACUCCACUCAUGCCAAUGUAAGCAGGGCUUUUGUAAACUAUUUUGUAACAUUUGCCAAAAACAGCAAACCUUAUGCUCUGAAGCAAUGCCAGGCCUCUCAAUUUCCCCCACACUCCGAUACUAGCAUCUGUGAUUAUGUGUCCUUUCAAAAUGGACCCAAUGAUUCAUUUCGAAUGAAAUCAGCCAAUGAUUUUAAUGUACGACGUAUGCAUUUCUGGGAUGAUAUUUUAAGUGAAGAAGUGUGACCAGGGAAGUGGAAGUCAAUUUAGGGAAUGCAAGUGUUCAUAAGCUAAGCCACCAAAAAUAAAUAAACAUCUAUUAAGUUUAAGUAAGUUUUCUAUAAGACAUGUAUAUAUCUUAUGUAUUUAUUUUAUUAUUAGGAUUUUUUAUAUGUGUGUGUAGUUAAGAUCAUUGUUGUUUUAGUUAAUUAGUCUAAGAUCUAAGACAUUGUAAAUACUUAGUUAUGCGGCAUUACAUUUUGUAAGGGUUUGUUAAUAUAAACGCAAUUUUCAUUCAAUAUCCAUAUCAUCCAAACGAGAUCGUA